GCAGUGGUGCCUCAGAGGUCAGCCAGGAGGGUCUCUCGUUGGAGGUGGUCUGUAGGAGGUCGGUAGUGGUCCUCGGAGGUCAGACGCGAGGAUUGGUGAGGAGGGACAGAGCAGAGGAUGAGGAUGUUGGUGCCGGUGGUGACGGCGCUGCUGGUCGGAGUGGUGCACACAGCUGACGUGUGCUACGAUGACGUGGGCUGUUUUACCACCGACUACCCGUGGAGUGACGUCAGAAGACCGUUCCCGAACCUUCCCCAGCCACCCGAGGAGAUACCCACCAACUUCUACCUCUACACUCGGACGGUUCCCGAGAAGACGGCCAUUCACUACAACAGUACGGAGCUGGGUGACUUUUCUGCACAGCGGGAGAGGACAGUGGUGAUCUGUCACGGGUUCACCGACAGCGGAGCCUCGGGGUGGAUGAACCGCGUCAAGGACCUACUCCUGGAACAGUACGACUUCAACGUCAUUCUCGUCGACUGGGAGGCAGGCGCACGGACCCCGUAUCUGCAGGCCACCGCCAACGCUCAGCUAGUCGGCCGCCAGAUCGCGCUACUGGUCCACACUCUGACCGAUGUAGGUGGCGCUAGCGUCGCCAAUAUCCACCUGAUGGCCCAUAGCCUGGGCUGUCAUGUCAUCGGCUAUGCCGGCGCUCGGAUUCCAGGCCUGGCCAGAAUCACAGGACUAGACCCGGCCCAGCCGUAUUUUGAAGAGACCCAGCCAGAGGUUCAUCUGGACGCCACUGAUGCCGAGUUUGUCGACAUCAUUCACACCGACGGACGAGACAUCAUCUACAUCGGUAUCGGCUUUAUGGCGUCAUGUGGAGACGUUGAUUUUUAUCCCAACAACGGUAAAAACCAGCCGGGCUGCGGCGACUUCCAGGAGAAUAUUCGGGCUCUCAUCUACGAUCUGGAGACGCUCAACAUCGACGCCAUCAAGGGUCUGUUCGGCUGCCCUCACGAUCGUGCUCACGAGCUCUUCAUCGCCACCCUCACGGAGCAGGAGUGUCCGUUCGUGAGUUUUCCGUGCAAGGACUACGCCGAGUACGAGUCGGGAGAGUGUCAGCGGCUGGACCGAGCCACCAUCGGACGAAUGGGGAUGGACGCCGAGAAAUACAACCUCAGCGGGAACUAUUAUCUGCAGACGACCAGCGACAAGAGCUCCUUCUGCAUGCACUACCUGGAGGUAGAGCUGCAGCUUUCUAAGGACCAGCAGGACGGUAUGGGAAAUCUGGUGUUUGUUAUCGAGACAAACACCACAGCUUCAGAACGGCUGCCAGGAUGGAGUUCUGGCACAAGUUGGUCGUCAGGAACCCAGCUUCGGACCACCGUGCACUCGCCCAUUGACCCCGCCCAGAUGACCUCGCUCAAGGUCACACUGCACGGCCAGGGGGCGGCCGUCAGCCCGCCCCUGCUGCCCCGGGCGGUCAAGGUCACCCGGGUCGACAGUCAGCUGACUCUGACGUCACAGGAUCUGUGCACGGAGACGGAGACACUGCAGGAUAAGGAAACCAUGGUGCUCAGACCGUGUGGGGAAGAGAACGCAUGAAACCAUUUCGCGAAGGCAUCUGGAAAGGCGAAGUGAACAGUGUGGAACAACGAUAACAUCUACGUUUGUUGAAAUCUGGAAGGGAAUAUUAUGGUUAAUCAAUCAAGACGAUCAGUUCCAAUGCAGCUACUUGGCCUUGGGGCGCACUUUGAUCUGGUAAAAUAAACAGACCAACACAA